AUGGAGGGCUAUUCGCCAGAGCUCCUAGACCCUGAUACGGUGAAGGAGCUGGAGACGCUUAUGCCUCGCCUAUCUCUACAUGAUAGGGCCAUAAUCCAGGACAGAAUACGGAGACGGAAGAUCUUUAAACAAUUAGAGUCUGAUGAAGAUCGUACCCAGAUAUUAGACAGAAUUACGAAAGUCAGUGGGAGGAUACUAUCGUUCCAUACCUUCACCAAAGACUUCAUCUACUUCGAGGCCUGUAUGAUCGCUCUCAAAAGCUUGCAGCCUGAAGGGUAUAGGGGAACUAUGUUUGGGGGGUUUUUGGAAUGUUAUACGCGAGAUCAAACUGGUUCAUAUAACGUUCAAAUUGCCGAAGACAUAUUUGAACGUCGUGACGAAGAUGGGGACAGCAUGGGUAUAUGCUAUCGACAGCUUUUCCUUGCCACCAUGCGUGACUUUCCGACCCUUACUAGCCUCAGGCCCUAUCAAGAUGACAAAAAGGGGAAGGCCAAGCCAUCUGGGGUUGAGUCAGAAAGACUUAUCAAUCUAGCCCAGUUAGCUGUCAAGCUGGGUUUCAAGAAUGAGGAGAUCUUGACCUUACACAGACAAGCUGCGGCUAACCGAUACCGAAUCGUCACUGAAGAGUUUCUUAACCAGCUGCAGCCUCUGGAUCGGUAUCAUGUUGAUACCGAGACUAAUAUAAGUGUCGCUCAGAACGUGUCCGAUAGAAUCAGCAACGCCUCGGCUAUUCGGAUACCUAUGGAAGAAGCACAUCUCACCACGGACCUGGAAAAUCUACCCAAGAAAUUCCGUUGUAGUCGGCCGUCUUACAAGAGGUACCUAAGCGAUCGACAGCUCUUAUUUCUCACAAAUAUCUACCAACAAGAAGUGGUUCCAAGGUCAUAUGCAACCUCCUUUGCAAUACAGCGUGAUAUAUUUCUCUCAUUCUUCGGCGAAAUCAAUCCACAUUCCGAGGCAACGGAUGAUGACUCUGAUUUCCCUGGAGAUAACUACCACGACGAUAUGUCCGAGAGCUACGAUACGCAGUCUUGGGGAAACGAAGAAAACAAUACAAAGCAUCACAAUGAGCCUCAACAUGAAGCUGAACAUCAGGAACAUGAGUUGCCUGAAGAUUUUGAGCCGGCUUUGAGUGAAAGCGAUGAUCCACUCAGCCAGCCACAAGCCCAUCAUUCAAGAGCCGAUUCCUGGGAAACCGGCUCCAUAUCAACCCUAUCCGACUUCUGGGCUGUGGAUGAUCAGUUAAUGUCACUUAGCCCCUCAACGACACCUUCAAACUUUAUCAAUGACGUACUUACGCAAACGGAUGAUAUCCUGCUCUAUUCCUGGCAAACCAGGCAGUACGCGCAGCUGUCAAGCAGGCCCCAAGAUGACCAUUUAUUUCAUAGAAAGGUGCAGCUGCUGGCACACCAACAGCAGAUGUUCAUAUCAAUAGGUCCAUGA